AUGACUGUUUCAGCUGCUCUCCCUACAAUCAAAAGUCGAGUCCUCGUUGCCGGAGCAACUGGAUUUAUCGGUCAAUUCGUGGCCAAAGCCAGCCUAGACUCCGGUCGACCAACCUACGUUCUUGUCCGGCCGGGUCUUGCUACCUGCCCGUCCAAGGCCAAAGUUACAAAAUCUCUUCAUGACAAAGGAGCCAUAAUUUUGCAUGGGCUGAUUAGUGACAGGGAAAACAUGGAGAAAAUACUUAAAGAUCAUGAGAUAGAUAUUGUAAUAUCAGCAGUGGGAGGGGGAAAUGUAUUGGACCAGCUUGCCCUAGUAGAAGCUAUCAAAGCUGUUGGCACCGUUAAGAGAUUUUUGCCAUCAGAGUUUGGGCAUGAUGUGGUGAGGGCUGAUCCAGUAGAGCCAGGGCUAAAGAUGUACAAAGAGAAACGUGAAAUUAGAAGGUUGAUCGAGGAGCAUAGCAUACCCUACACCUAUAUUUGUUGCAAUUCAAUUGCUUCUUGGCCUUACUAUGAUAACAAACACCCUGCUGAUGUUCUGCCUCCUUUAGAUCACUUCAAAAUCUACGGUGAUGGCACUGUCAAAGCUUACUUUGUUGCUGGCACUGAUAUUGGAAAGUUUACUAUGAAAAUUGUGGAUGAUGUGAGAACUAUCAACAAGUCAGUUCAUUUUCGACCAUUCACCAAUUUCUAUAACAUGAAUGAGCUUGCUUCUUUGUGGGAAAAGAAAAUUGGAAGAACCCUCCCUCGAGUCACAGUCACUGAACAUGACUUACUUACUAUUGCUGCAGAGAAUAUCAUACCAGAAAGUAUUGUUGCAUCGUUCACACAUGAUAUAUUCAUCAAGGGUUGUCAGUCUAAUUUUUCAAUCAAUGGUCCUGAUGAUGUUGAAGUGGGCACUCUAUAUCCUGACGAAGCUUUCCGUACCUUAGAUGAAUGUUUCAAUGAUUUUGCUCUCAAAUUGAAGGACAAUAAUAAGGAUGUAGGAAGCAAUGUAAAAGCCAGAAAUUUUAAAACACCGAAAAGACAAAAACAUCGGGGAUUUUUGCUGGCAUGGAGUCUUAGAGAAGAACGACACAAGUAUUUUGUGUGUGAUGAGAAGUGGUUCAAUAAUGUUGUGAGAUGA